CCUCAGUAAUACAGCUGCGGCCGUCACUGAUACCAGAGCUCAUAAACAUUCAAAUCAAUUCAUACCUCAAUCCCAGAGAUUGACAAUUCUCAGUAGACAAGACCAUUCAUUCUUCUUCGGUGCAAAAAGAAGUCGUGAGAAUCCAUUUUCGGUAGCAAAAAUCGCAAGUGCGAGAGCCGACAAGUGUUAUUGAUUAAGGAAAAUUAAUUCGUGUCUGUCGGUAAAAUUAGCGAUUUAAAUCGGAGUGGUGAUUUUUUUUUUCAAGUGACAAGUCAGUGUGGCACGUGAAACCCACGAUUUUGACACGCACCGAUCGAUAAAACUAUCGAUCAUGUAUUUGGAAGUCGCGAUCAAUGCCAUCUGACCUUCGGCGGCGGAAACUGAUUAUUUGAAAUCGAUAGUUUCCUGUUUGAUGACGCGAUGAAUGGAAAUCGGUGAAUUAUCGUGGGAUUUAGUGGAUUCUAUGGGGGUCAGGAGGUGGAAGUGAAUCGCCGGAGAUGAGGGACAUUAAAUCACGGAGGAGGAGCGUCGGGGAAUUCCGGGAAUGGAAUGGAAUUCCCGAGGGUGCGGAUUAUUGCGAUGAGUCCGAGGGCCGAAGGAGGAGACGAUCCGGCACUUGGCCGCGAACCAGGAGUCUCAACGCACCUAGUCCCAUUCAGCAGUUUGGGCCAUGCGGGAGAAUUCUCAAAAAUUCUGCGAUGGUCAUGACCAUUCAGGAUCCAGCCUCCCAGAGACUGACCUGGUACAAGCCGCCCCUCACAGUUCUCGUAAUAAAAAAAGUUCGUGACUCCUCAGUGCUCCCGCCCUUUGUUCAAUUAGUCACAUGGCUCAUAGAGGAAAAACGAAUGGUGGUUUUCGUGGAGGCGUCUGUCUUGGAGGAUCCGGCGUUGGCGAGGGAUCCAAGAUUCCAGGGUGUUCGUGAUAGACUCCAGACUUUUCGAGAUGGUACUGAUGAUUUGCAGGACAGAAUUGACUUUAUUGUGUGUCUCGGUGGCGAUGGGACACUGCUUUAUGCCAGUCUAUUGUUCCAACAAUCGGUGCCACCUGUCAUGGCUUUUCAUCUUGGAUCUCUCGGUUUCCUCACGCCAUUUGAGUUUGAUAACUUUCAGGAACAAGUUACUAAUGUCCUUGAGGGUCAUGCUGCAUUAACUCUGAGGAGUCGCUUACGAUGCAUUAUAAUGAGAAAGGGUGAGGACGGACAGCCGACGAAACCCCCUACAAAUCUCCUCGUCCUCAACGAAGUUGUUGUAGAUCGUGGCCCAUCACCUUAUCUAUCAAAUAUCGAUUUAUUUAUCGAUGGAAAGCACGUGACGAGUGUUCAAGGUGAUGGUUUGAUCGUCAGUACACCAACAGGAUCAACUGCGUACGCUGUGGCUGCUGGAGCGAGUAUGAUCCAUCCUUCAGUACCUGCUAUCAUGAUUACACCAAUCUGUCCACACUCGUUGUCCUUCAGACCCAUCGUCGUCCCAGCUGGUGUUGAACUCAGAAUAAUAGCUAGUGAUCAGGCACGUAACACAGCCUACGUUUCCUUCGAUGGUCGUAAUCAGCAAGAGCUGCAGGCUGGGGACAGUUUGCGAGUGACAACGUCUAUCUAUCCAGUGCCCAGUAUCUGUGCAGCAGAUCAAAUAACUGACUGGUUUGAUUCAUUGGCUGAAUGUCUGCAUUGGAACGUACGAAAACGCCAGAAGCAUCUGGACGAAUUGAGCGAUCUUACCCACUCCUCCAGCAAUGACACCCUCGACUCAUUGGAUCGUGAUAGCUAGGGAUAAAUAAAAAAUGUAAAAUUACCCAGAUUUCUUCGAAAACGCCCCGAGAAAUGAUCAAAAAACCCAUGACCCCGAAAUAAUCAUAAUAAUUCAUUCAUCAAAAGCAUAAAUAUGUAUAAAUAAUCGAAAAAUAGUCUUUAAAAAAUAGAGAAUUUACUUUCUGUGGAAAGAACAAUAUAUUUUCGAGAAACGACCAUUAACUAUCAAUAGAGACAUAUUUAUUGCUCAAUGAAAGGAAAUACACCGAGAGGAGCAAGAUCUUUCAUUUAUUCAACUUAAAAAAUCAUUCAUGUUAUUGUAAUUUCGUUGUUUAUCGAUGAAAACUGUAAUUACGUUAGAUAAUUUUCACUAUCGAGAGAGUGAAAUCAUAGUUUUGAUCAUUUUCUGAGGAAAAAAGAUGCGAAGGCAUCGUUUAGGCCUAUUAUGAUGGGUAAAGUCGAUUAUGAUUUAUUUUUCCGGUAUUUUUACUUAUUAGAAUUUUCUUUUGUAUAUUAUCAGAGUAAUUGUGAGUGAUAGCUCUGUUUAUUAUUGUUGUGGAUAUCUUUGGAUCGAGUUGUUAACGUUUAUAAGAUCACGUAUAUGAAUACGCCUUUUUAAUAAAAUUAUUUUUUUACGAAA